AUGGAAAAUGGGCAAGAGAUAGCAGUGAAAAGACUUUCUAGAGCAUCGGGACAAGGUCUACAAGAAUUUAUGAACGAAGUGCUUGUGAUUUCAAAACUUCAACACAACAAUCUUGUCAAGUUGUUGGGUUAUUGUGUACAAGGAGAUGAAAAGUUACUCGUUUAUGAAUACAUGCCUAAUCGGAGUUUAGAUGCACUUCUCUUUGAUCAAAACCAUAAAAAACAAUUAGACUGGAAGAAGCGUUUCGAUAUUAUCGAUGGGAUUUGUCGUGGUGUCCUUUAUCUUCACAGAGAUUCAAGAUUGAAGAUCAUUCACAGAGAUCUCAAAGCAAGUAACACUUUGCUGGAUAAAGAGCUCAAUCCAAAAAUAUCAGACUUUGGAAUGGCAAGGAUAUUUGAGACCAAGCAAAACCAAGGCAACACCAUCAGAGUAGUUGGCACCUAUGGCUACAUGUCUCCUGAGUAUGCUAUGGAAGGCCGCUUUUCUGAAAAGUCUGAUGUAUUUAGUCUUGGAGUCCUACUAUUGGAGAUGGUCAGUGGAAGAAAAAAUAGUAGCUUUCUGGACCAUGGGUCUUUGAGUCUCUUAACAUUUGCAUGGAAAUUGUGGAAUGAGAAUGAUAUAUUUUCAUUCAUUGAUCCAACAUUUAUCGACUCAUGCUUUCAAAAUGAGAUUUUGAAGUGCAUCCAGUUAGGGCUAUUAUGCGUGCAAGAACUUCCUGAAGAUAGGCCAACCAUUUCAGGAUUGAUUUCAAUGCUUGAUGUCAGUCAUGGAUCGGAGGAUCUCCCACAACCAAAGCAACCAGGCUUCACUCUAGGGAAGAUCUCUUCUACUAGUGGCCUAGAACAUGGUUCUAUAAACCAUGUCUCCCUAACAGUAUUAAGUGGGCGAUAGUUGUGUGCGUUUUUAAAAGCAUCAAUUUUUUUUUGUGUGGUUAUAGUUUAUAGUGCCAUGUAGAAAAUAUUUGUAUUAAGAUACAAUACUA